UUUUCUCUAUGUGAGUAGAUAAAGUCGUGAUUAAAUCAAGUUUUUAUAAUUUUGAAUGUGUAAAAUUUAAUUAAAGUUAAGAAAAUAAUGAGUUCGGAUGAUUCUGAUGAAGAUAUUUCCCAAUUAAAAGAAGCCGUGGACUCAACAUUUUUAAAUGAUCAUUUGUUUGAUAAAAGUAAAGUUAUAAAUGCAAACGCCAAGCAAGCAGAGUCGGUUGGAGGAGGGAAACGAGAGAGCGCACCAUCUCUGAGGAAAAACGGAGAAGACGGAGAACAGAACGACCUCAGAGUAACACCAGAGUUCCAGAAGUUUGUCGCCAGGCACCUGUCACAGUUCAUAGACCAGAACCUGCUGGAGGUGGAGCAAACAGCUGCCCCGGUCAAGGGCGUCGACGAGACUGAGAGCGGGAUCAAACUCCUGGCCGUGUCGUCGUGCGUCCUGGGAACCAGCCGUGAGGCGGCUCCGGAGUCAACGUCCGCGCAACGACGCGCAGCAAGCAAGAGGAGGGGGGGCAGAGGUGCCUCCAAGGUGACCCGGGAGGACCUGGCAUCCGUCGCAGUGUCCCCGGAGUGGGUUCUGACAGGGCAGGGCACCCAGGGCUGGAGUCCCUCCACCCGGGGCGAGGUCAUCACCGUCAGGGCCGCCAGCACUGUCUCACCACGGUCCUCUGCAGGCAGCACUGCCUUCAAACAGGAUACAGUGGAGGAUAGACAGCAACCCAAACUGGUGAAUGGCUUGGAGGAGAGCCAAGCUGGUGCACACCAGUCGAGUGUUAAUGGUGACCAAGUUGUCGUUGCACCUUUCCUCACGAGGCCAAAGAAAAAGAAGAGACAGGAGCUUGUAAAUUCUUUGGAAAAGGACAGUAACGUUAUUGUGCAACAGUCGAGUGUUGACGUUGACCAAGUUGUUGUUGCACCUCUCCUCACGAGGCCAAAGAAAAAGAAGAGACGGGAGCUUGUAAAUUCUUUGGAAAAGGACAGUGACGUUGGUGUCCAACAGUCGAGUGUUGACGUUGACCAAGUUGUGGUUGCGCCUCUCCUCACGAGGCCAAAGAAAAAGAAGAGACGGGAGCUUGUAAAUUCUUUGGAAAAGGACAGUGACGUUGGUGUCCAACAGUCGAGUGUUGACGUUGACCAAGUUGUCGUUGCACCUCUCCUCACAAGGCAAAAGAAAAGGAAGAGGCAGAAGCUUGUAAAUGGUACGGAAGAGGACAGUAACAUUGGUGUGCAGGUCAAUUCCAGUGUUAGCAGCAACUACAUUGUUGACUCGGAUCUCAAGAGGAAAAGCAGUAAGAAAAGGGAGAGACAGGAGGUUGAUAGUGGUUCAAAAAAUGGAAUUAAGAUUGUUGCACAAGUUAAUUCCGGUGCUACGGACAACAGUGUUGUUGACUUGGACCUCAAGAGGAAGAAGCAUAACAUGAAAAGAAGGCAACAAAGGAAUCCUGCUUGAUUUUGUGUGAUUGUAAAAAGGAAUUUUAAUGAGCAAAAUGGGGUGACUGUGGUUGAGUGGUCGAAUCACCUGCCCCCAGGUUGUGUCUGCUGCGGUCUCGAAGCAUUCCUUCAGUACUUCAUGACUUCUCAUGAUGUCAACGAAACAUUAAGCAUUUCAUUCAUGUUGUAUGAGUGAGGUUGUGACAUUAUAUAAUUAUGGAAAGGUAAUUAUUGAAAUUGUGUUGCAAGUUGCAGUGAUGAGGCAUAAUUUAAAAUAAAUAAAUAUAUUUAAUAACUAAAAUUCUAUGUGUAAAAAAGUAGUAGUUUUAAGUACUUCUGUAGUUAUUGCUUACAGGUAUUACUGAUUUUCAUAGUUCUUAACUUGUUAUAAUUACAGAUAUUUUUAUUAAUUAACCCUCUUAGUGCCAAAGUCCGAUAAAUCGGCUAUGCCUGGUUGUGCGAAAAUUGCCAGGGCCGAAAAAUCGGCCCGAUUUUUUUUCCCAUUUUCAAGACAGUUUUUGUUACUAGCAGCGCAUUCUACCUAUGUCUAAUGAAGUGUCCUACUAUCUAGUUCCUUUUUCUGGUAACAGGUAGCGAAAGUGCCCUACUAUUUAGUUCUUUUUUCUCACAACAGAGAGUAUGAGUGUCAUACUGCUGGACAUCGCACAGCGUAAGAAACCGCGUUUUGCUGCAUUUCUUUAUUCUAAAGAAACACUUUCCCUUUUGAAAAAAAAAAAUUGUUUCUUUUGUAAAUUCUUUAUUUUAAUUCUUUUAUAUCAUGAAAUUUUUUUCCGGCAAUUUCUACAAAUGUAUUUUUUCAAAGUUAUGACAACAAUGGUUCAUUUUAGGUAAACGGUAUAUGUAACUACCAGUUUCGUGGAUAUUACAAAUUGCGUAGGAUUUUAUACCGUUGAUUAUUCUGCGUUGAAAAUUAUUAUUGUAGUAGUCAUAGUAAACACGUUUUCCCGCAUAUUUGUCAGUGGAAAGUGAUGUUAUUCUAUUUUUUUUAUACUCUUUUAUUCAAACUAAUACCACCGCGAAACUUUGUGCGAUCAAGGCAUUUGUUCUCAUUUUCAUAAUAAUGUCUCGGAAAAGAAAUUACAUUGCGGGUAAAGAUGACAAAGAAAUACUCCACUAUUUUUAUUUGCUCGAUAGUGAUAUUUGUGAAAGUGAUACAACAAGCGACAACGAUACAAGUACUGAUGAGGAAGAGCAUUUACCAUCUACUUCAAACACACCGAGACUUACUCCAGUGGCUGCGGGUAAUUAUAUUACAGCCGGCGCAUCACUUCGUACGAAUUCAGGCGAUAGUUCAAGUGAUUCGUCGUAUGAAAAUAAACUUACUGACGUAAAUAAUAUAAUCAGGUCUUCUUGUGAAAACAUUUUCACCACCAAAACACAACAUACCCCAGUUUUUAGAAAAUGCUGGACCAAACAUUUACCGCCUCGAAACACGAAGCAAAUAGCAUUUUUCCAGCUAAUGUUUACUUUUUCCUUACUACAGCUUCUGGUAAAGGAAACCUAUAGAUACGCUCAGCAGUUUUUAUAUUUUUAAUUGAAAAAAAAGUGAUAAUGAAAAAUGCUGAUAAACCAAGUCAAAAAAUUUCUUCUAAAAUUUGAAAGUCAGUUUCACCUAAAUUUGUAUAAAGGCAUAUAAUAGUUAUGCAUAAUUUUUUAAUAAUAUCGUUUACUUUUUAAAUACCGUACAUUAAUAGCAGACUUAUAAUUAUUAAAAAAAUUAUAAAGAUUCAAAAUACACUAAAUAGUUGGAGUUAGGCUAAGAGAAGAUUUCAUUAGAAUUGUCACACAGAAGAGCAAUGAUUUUUUUUUUUUUCAAAAAAUUAUUAUUACAAUAAAUAUUGGAAAAAAUUACAUUGCUAUUAUACUAUCAUAUAGAAAAACAAUUAAAAAUUUUUAAAAAAUUCAAACAAAAGAAUAUUACUGUCAAAACUACUCCCUAUUCACAUUACAAUCCAUAAAAAAUAUUUAAUAAUUCUUUUUUUAAUUUAAAAAUCAACAAAAAUAAAAUAUGAUUAAGAUUUUUAUGUUUAAACAUGAGAAGUGACAAAAGAAAACAUUUAUCUAUAAACAGUAAAAAUUUCAUAGUUAUAACACUAAAGGUUAAAAAGUUAUUAAAAUUAAACUCUAGAGAUGCAAUUUAGUUAAAAAAGACCCGGCAAUGUUAGCAUUACCAUCCUAGCAGAGGCUGGCACUAAGAGGGUUAACUAUAUUUACGAGCUUUCAUUUAAAUAGUGUCUUGACAACCUUUUAUUCGACAGUGCUGUACAUACUUAAGUUAGUGAAUAUUCACAAAAAUAGCAAUCUGUGAUUAAUGUUUUGUUUAAAUUUUAAAUUUAAUUUAAUAUUAUUUUUAUGCAUUGCAUCUACAAUUUUGGAGUAAUUGCUGUAGGCCUGUGCAAAUACCAGUUUUUAAGUUUGAAAUCAUAAUUGAGUUAAAAAUAUCGAAAUAUUUUCAAAUCUGAAAAUUCAAUUCAAAUACUGAAUUAUGACUUUUUAGAUUAGGUAGGUUAAAAGUCAUAACUUAGCAGAUUCUUAUUCAUGAUUUUGUGCAACAGCAAUAGAUAUUUCAUGUUAAUGGUUAUAAAUAAAAUAACAACUAUAAGAAAAAUAUGUUUUAGGUUU